GGGAGGAAAAGCAGUGGUAAGGUGCGAACCCCUCGAUUGCCAGAUGAACUGAUCUGGGAGAUCUUGGUUAGGGUUACAGUGAAAUCCCUUCUGGAAUUCAAAUGUGUAUGCAAAUCAUGGAAAACCCUAAUUUCUCAUCCCCAAUUCGUCAAGGAACACCUCCUUCGCACCUCCACCCACAUGACCCACCAACGAUUGAUCUCUCCAAACUCUGAUUACCCUUUCAAAAUUGCAUCUUUCUCUCUCCAGUCUCUGCUCCAAAACCCAUCAACCCAAGCUGAACCCCAUUUUAUCCAGAUGAGAGCCAUGUUCCGCAUUCUAGGUUCCUGCCAUGGCUUAAUCUGUGUGGAAUAUUUUCUUAAAGGCUAUGUCCAAUUGUGGAACCCCUCCAUCGGAAUCGCAUCCAAAAAAUUUACACCACAUAGUGAUGCUGGUUGCCGCUAUAUUACUUACCAUGGUUUUGGCUAUGAUCAUGUGAAUGACAAGUACAAAUUGUUCAUAUUCUUCGCAUACUCUCAACCUGCUGUGACCAUAAUAUAUACCUUUGGUGUAAAUGCAACAAAUUGUUCUAAGGUGAUUCAGAAUUUCCCAUGUGAUGGCACUAAGGAAAAUGGGAUAUUUGUGAGUGGCACUGGCACUCUUAAUUGGGUAACUUAUGAUGUGCCUAGAUGGUUUAUUAUUUCCCUUGAUUUGGUGACUGAGACUUAUGGUGAAGUGUUGCUUCCUCAUGUGGGUUCUCUUGCUUGUCGUGCUCCUGAGCUAUUUCUCCUCAGCAACUGCCUUUGUGUUAACAUGUAUAACGACCAUACAGAUGAUUGGGGUUUAUGGCAAAUGAAGGAGUAUGGUGUUCAAGAUUCUUGGACUAAAUUGAUGUCCAUCUCCAUCUUUCAAGUGUUUUCCCCUUUGAGUUCUUGGACAUGGCUUUACUACCGGCAUGUACCAUUGUGCAUUUCAGAAAAUGGUAUGGUCCUAAUUCAAGUACAUGCUGAUUCCCAAUUAGUUUUGUUUUACUCAAAUGCUGGUAGCUUGGACUAUACUAUUCUUAGUGGGGAUCACCGUUGGUGCGAUGUACAAACUUAUCAUGAAAGUUUGGUUUCACCCCAAUUUUAAAAUCACAUUUUUGUUGCUUAUUCUUCGUGGCUUUAGAAAUAGGUUUAUAUAUAAAUAAAUAUAUUAUUGUCAGUUUGUUGUGUUUCUUAUUCUUCAUGACAUUCGAAAUGUUCUUCAAUUCAAUAAGAAAGUGAUGUUAAA